AUGGAGCCCAGGCCCCGAGCCAUCCGCGAGGGCUGGUUCCGCGAGACGUGCAGCCUCUGGCCGGGUCAGGCCAUUUCCCUGCGGGUGGACGAGCUGCUCCACCACCAGCGCUCCCGCUACCAGGAGAUCCUGGUAUUCCGCAGUAAGACCUACGGCAACGUCCUGGUGCUGGAUGGAGUCAUCCAGUGCACAGAGAGGGAUGAAUUCUCAUACCAGGAGAUGAUUGCCAACCUACCCCUCUGCAGCCAUCCCAGCCCACGAAAGGUGCUCAUCAUUGCUGGUGGGGACGGGGGCGUCCUUCGGGAGGUAGUGAAGCAUCCAUCUGUGGAGUCUGUGGUCCAGUGUGCCUCUGCUGUCAGGGUGAGUGCCAAUGGUUGCAUCUGGACCUCAUCAAGGAGAUGGGCCACUUCAGCAAGUCCCUGUUGCCUGUGGUGGAAUAUGCCUAUUGCACCAUCCCCACCUACCCCAGCAGCCAAAUUGGCUUCAUGCUCUGCAGCAAGAACCUGA